AAAAAAAAAAAAAGAUUAUAAAAAAAAACACACACACACUAUUCGUGAGGCUUUUGUUCUCUUUUUGUAUGAUCGCCAACAUUGUGGCACCUGCAAAAUUUGCAAAUUGCGACUAUCACUCUCAGAGCAUUCACCAAUACCCAUUCUCUGAAAUCCCUAUUUUUUCCUCUUUUAAACCCCAAUUCUCUCUCAAAACCGUAUUUUUUUCUCAGGCCAACAGUGAUGGCGAGAGAAUCAGACGAUGAAGAAGAUCAGGAGCGCCUGAUCCAUCGGGAGAGCACAGACGAAGCCAAGAUCCAACGGUCCAGCUUCGAGAUUGAUGAACCAGUUACCAAAACCUUCAAAUCCUUCCCUUUCUUGCACAGGCGGUAUCUCUUGGCGUUUCUCCUCCCUCUCUUCCUCGUAUUACUGUAUUUUUCCACUGAUUUUUCGAGGUUUUUCCAAGUUUCUUCUUGCUUUCAAAGCCCCAUUGAUUCUCAGAUUAGUCUCAUGAGAGAAGCAGAGCUUAGGGCUUUGAAUCUCCUCAGAACUCAGAAAUCAGGGCUUUUUCGCCUCUUCAACCAGUCAUUCAGUAACCCUAGCUCUGAAAUUUCAUCAAAUUCCACUGCUUCAGUGCCUACAAAUUCUUCCUCGAAUUCUACAUUUAGUGUCCCAGAUAAUUUGAAUGAGAAAAAAUCCUCGCCAAUGAUUUCGCUCGGUGAAUUCAAGAAGGAAUUGAUUAAACAGAUCAAAUUGAGCAAUGAAGUUGAGCAGGCUUUGUUAUCUUCUCAUCAAUUUGGAAAUGGAUCUGGAUCAGUGAACUCUGACGAGUAUUUCAAUGGAUUUGGGUCUUACAGUAAAUGUGGGAAAUGGAACUACGGAAAGGAGAGGAAAACCAUUGAAUGGAAGCCAAAACCCAACACGUAUUUGUUUGCAAUUUGUGUUUCUGGCCAGAUGUCAAACCACUUGAUUUGCUUGCAAAAACACAUGUUUUUUGCCGCUGUUUUGGGUCGAGCUCUGAUCUUGCCAAACCCUAAAUUCGAUUACCAAUAUGAUAGGGUCAUAGAUAUCGAACACAUAAACAAAUGCUUGGGUGUUAAAGCCGUACUCACAUUUGAAGAAUUCUCUCAGUUAAAGAAGGAUAAGGUACGAAUCGAUCGGCUGAUUUGUUAUAUGGCUUCAACCCCUUGUUAUUUGGAUGAGGAGCAUAUUAAGAAACUCAAGGGUUUGGGAAUCCAAAUUGGGAAACUUGAAGUGGCUUGGAAAGAGGAUGUAAAGUUAAAAAAUGAAAUUCCGUCUCAUCCCCAUGUUAGCGAGAUAACUGAGAAGUUUUCUUGCAAAGAUGAAGUUUUGGCGGUUGGGGACUUGUUUUAUGCCAAUGUAGAGGAGGAAUGGGUGAUGCAACCAGGUGGUCCAGUUGCUCACAAGUGUAAAACUAUCAUUCAACCAAACCGGCUUAUUAUUUUGACAGCCCAGAGAUUUAUACAGACUUUUUUGGGGGAGAAUUUCAUGGCUCUACACUUUCGACGACAUGGGUUUCUGAAAUUCUGCAAUGCAAAACAAGAGAGCUGCUUCUUUCCAAUCCCUCAAGCGGCUGAUUGCAUUCUUCGGAAAGUGCAGAGAGCAGACACACCGGUGAUUUAUCUCUCAACUGAUGCAGCUGAGAGCGAAACCAAUCUCCUCCAGCUGCUUACCGUGGUUAAUGGAAAGACUGUUCCUCUAGUCAAGAGGCCAUCUCAUAAUUCCGUGGAGAAAUGGGAUGCCUUACUUGUAAGGCACCACCUUAACUCAGAUGAUCAGGUUGACGCCAUGCUCGACAAGACGAUUUGUGCCUUGUCUAAGGUGUUCAUUGGAGCUUCCGGCUCAACUUUCACAGACGACAUCCUAAGGUUAAGGAAAGACUGGCAAUUGGCUUCUGAUUGUGAUGAGUACUUGUGCCAAGGUGAGCAACCCAAUUUCAUUGCAGAAAUGGAGUGAAAAAAGAGAAUGCCUGAUUUUCUCUCCAAAAUCACCUGAGAAUCUCUCUCCUCAGUUCGGUGUGAUUGCCUGUAUAUUUCAUAGCGCUUCUUUUGUAUGAUAGUGUAUUCUGCUUCUAUUGAGCAAUUUGGCUUUGUAUCAAUUGGUUCAGUGUUUCACUUCCUGUGUAAAGAGUUUUUGUUUUACAAUGA